UAUGCUGGUGAGGCCGAGGCUGUCGAGCAGUCUGCCCCCUCUGAAGCCUCCAGACUCCAGGGAGUCAGACCCCCAUCCCCCAGAGAGACUGGAAGAGCUGCCGCACCGUGCGUGGAGGGAAGGAGGGAUUCAGAGAGGAGGAGGGAAAAAAAGAGACCAGCAAAGAAAGCCACAACGGUAGGCUGUCCUACUCAACUUUUGUGCUGUGAUGACGUCAGAGCCAUGUGACCCAGGCUCUCCAGUGACAGCACAUGGAGGGCAGGAAAGAGACAAGUUUUAAAGCUGGUGCUUGUUGGGUUGUGUGAGGGCUCUGCUCGCCUCCCAAACAACCACAGAACCACAGACGUGCGGCUCGGGGUUGUGUGUUUGAGAGCGACCUGGAGCGUAAAUGGUUAAUCGUCGCGGCUCGGCAUCAGUCACAGGGACCGCGCUAAGCGAGUAAGUAAGCUUCAACCACACUCGCAGAGCAAGCUAGCCCAACACCAUCCGAUCCAUCCGCAAAAACGAUAUUUGCCUCAACCUUUUUUUUUUCUCUCGUAAAUCCAGACCUGGUCAUUACUUGUGGUCAUCUGAAUAGUUGAUACAAAAAAGCAGUUCUUGUGGAGGUUUUUUUUUCUCCUUUUUUGCCAUCUUCAUGACAUGGUGCGUGCUCUUGGUUUAGGACGUGUCAAGGGUCACAGAAACCACAGAGGAACAAAAGUGGGUCUCGCUGCGACCAGAGGCAGUUAUGGCAUCUAACAGCCUUUUCAGUACGGUGACACCAUGUCAACAAAACUUCUUCUGGGAUCCCAGUGCCAGUCGGAGGUUCAGUCCACCGUCAAGUAGCCUGCAGCCGGUCCCGGGAAAGAUGAACGAUGUGAGCACACCGACGGGUCAGCCGGACGCUGCAGUGCCAAGACUGCGUCCGCACGAAAACCGCAGCAUGGCCGAAAUCAUCGCUGACCACCCGGCGGAGUUGGUACGGACUGACAGUCCCAAUUUCCUCUGCUCAGUCCUGCCCUCUCACUGGCGCUGCAACAAAACCCUUCCCGUCGCCUUCAAGGUGGUGGCGUUGGGAGAGGUGUCUGAUGGGACCGUCGUCACGGUGAUGGCUGGGAACGACGAGAACUAUUCCGCUGAGCUGCGGAACGCCUCUGGAGUGAUGAAGAACCAGGUCGCCCGCUUCAACGACCUCCGCUUCGUGGGGCGCAGUGGGAGAGGAAAGAGCUUCACCCUGACAAUCACGGUAUUCUCCAACCCGCCACAAGUGGCCACUUACCACCGGGCCAUUAAGGUCACAGUGGAUGGACCACGGGAGCCCAGGAGGCACCGUCAGAAGCUGGAGGAUGCUCCUAAGACCGGCCUGUUCUCUGACCGCCUCAGCGAGCUGGAGAGAAUCCGACAGAGGGUUGCCGUGCCGACACAACCACCCCGGCCGUCCCUCAACCCUGGACCCAACUCCUUCAACCCCCAGGGCCAAACACAGAUACCAGACCCACGCCAGUCCCAGGCUUCUCCACCCUGGUCCUAUGAGCAGACUUACCCCUCCUACCUGAGUCCCAUGGCCUCCCCCUCCGUCCACUCCACUACCCCCCUCUCCGCCAGCCGAGGCACAGGCCUUCCUGCCAUCAGCGACGUGCCCCGACGCCUGCCAGGUACGUCUGACCUGAGUCCGUUCCCAGGUCAGUUUGAGCGCCAGUUUCCCAGCCUCUCCCUGACAGAGAGUCGAUUCUCCAGUCCCAGGAUGCACUACCCCGCCACCUUUACCUACACCCCCCCGGUCACCUCCGCCAUGUCGCUGGGCAGCGCCCACUACCACACCUACCUGCCUCCACCCUACCCCGGCUCCACCCAGAGCCAGAGUGGACCCUUCCAGACUAGCAGCACCCCCUAUCUCUACUACGGAGCCUCCUCCGGCUCGUACCAAUUCUCCAUGGUUCCGGGGGGUGAUCGUUCACCGUCCAGGAUGAUACCACCCUGCACUAGUGCUUCCACAGGCAGCUCCCUGGUUAAUCCUAACCUGCCCAGCCAGACGGAGGGGGGAGUGGAGGGGGAUGGCAGCCACAGUAACUCCCCCACCGUGCUCAACCCUGGAGGUAGGAUGGAUGAGGCCGUCUGGAGGCCCUACUGAAACCAGGGACAACAAGAAGGGGAAAACAUCAACUGAUGUUCUGGUUUUAAAGCACAAAACCUUUUGGGAGAGUUUUGAAUUAUGCAACAAAUUAGCAGAAAGAAAAACUAUCUAUUCCGUUCCUCGGAAAUAAACGUCGAGAUAAAAGAAAACAGACUUGUGUGAACUUGUCUUCCUGGAAUGUGUUUUGACCAAGGCACUACAAAGGGAGUUAUUCUCACAGCAAUAAUGAGAAAGACACAAGACUAUUAUGGUUUACUAGACCCAAGUGGAUAAAACAUUAUUCCAGUUUUAUGAUAAUCCACGAGCAAAUGGAUUGUUCAGAUACUUCUUUUGUAGUGUUUGUAUUUCUAUAAGGCUUUUUGCAGAGCAUGUUUUUGUACUACGACAAUAUAAAGAUGCAGGUCAAGCACUGAGUAGCAAGCGAUGAGAGUGACACUUAUGUUACCUUUGGUGGUAUGAACAGCAAAUUUGCUUUAAAAUGUCUAUACGCUCAUUUUAAAUCAUUUAUUUAAAUUGUAUAUUGUGGGUGAGAGGAUGGUGUGAAUUAAGGAGUUUUUUUAAGGAGUUUUAACUUAUAAAGCCAUAAAUUAUGUAUUGUAUUUGAAACUUGAGUCGUAGAAUUGUAAUCUGAAUAUUUUUGAUGCAUAUGAGUAAGUUAACAUUGAUUUUGAAAGGUAAUUUAAAGAGUGAAAAGUUUAAUUUCUUUACAACCCAAAGACCCUCUUACAAUGUACGUUUUGACGUGAUUUCCAAAGACUAUGACAGCAUAUUUCCUCUGCAAUUACUUUCAAGCUAGAUUUCACCACACCUAGAGCAACUUAUUUGGCUUUGAAUUGACCCAUACAAUACACACAGCAAUUACAUUUAUUGUGUCUGUUGGCAGUUGUCAAUGCCAGUCAAAUUUAAUGUUAUUAAGGAUUUAUUCCAAAUCAAGAAAACAAUUAUUUGGUCAGGUUUAAUCUAUUUUAAUUGUUUUUUCUGUAGAGUGAAAAUAUAGUUUUUUUGGCAGUCACAGGGAGAAACCAAAUGGAUAGAUUGGUGGGACCAGUUAGAAUGGAUUCCUUCACAGUCUCAGAUUAUGACUUGAGAUCCUCAACAGUGUGCCAUGUUAGGAGAAGCACAGCCUGGAGUGCUGCAGUGGAGCAGGUCAGAGGGUGACUGUGUUAUGCACACAGUACAGUGAUGCCUGGACUUCCACUUCAGUGAGUUGGAGUCCUACGUCUUCCUGGAGUCACUUCCUCAUGUCCUUCUCUCUUUCAGGUGUAACAGCUUAAGGCUUUAGUCCGAUAUUACGUUUAUACAUGAUCCCUGAGACCCUUGCUGUUUCAACAUUACGUGCGAGAGAUGACUUUCUAAAAGUUUGUCAAAGUGUGUAACACUUAUGAGCACCAAAUCAAGACCCUUUUCAUUAUUUUUGUAUUUCUUAAUUUCAUCUUUUCACAGUUGUGAUGUCGAAUUAACCUCUGUUGAAAAACAGUUUGGACCAAAUAUCUUCUGCCCAUUGAUUUCACUUUUUAUUUUAUUUGUCUGCUUCGGUGUCAUGUUUUACAAAAUGGGGUUAAAUCAUAUUACUGCCCAGUAUUACAGACUCUAUGUUGGAUCGACUCUAGAGAAACGACACUAUACACAGUGUAACAGAAGAGAAAUGGAGAUGUUUACAGUUUGCAAUUACAAGUGUUUUGAGAUUUGAGAAUGCAAAAAAUGUAGAACUGAAAAAUGCUUCCUACGUGGUGAUUGGAUGCAGCUGCUGACAGCAAACUGGAAACAAACAGGAUGGGAGAGUUCGUUUGCAUGUUUCUAUCAUAAAGCACUUACUUCUGGACUUAUUUUUACCAGCACUUGCGGGAGUCUGCCAGAAGGUUAGUGGGUUUGGUUCUCUCUACCAGUGUAACACCACUGGAGUCACACACAAUGGAUAACACUUGGCUAAACAUGCCAUUUAUAUUGGAGUUGAAUUUGAUCUCAAAAGGCAGUCAGUAUUUAUUUUAAAAAUACUAUUUUUCCUCUUGCAAGAUGUAUUUUUCAGUGGAUGUUGGCAAUACAAGAAUAUUGAGAAAAACACUGCGAUUUCCAAAGUUCCAAAUCCAUCCUUCUCCAUUAGAGGUUUGCACACAGUGUCUUGGUCCCAGUCUGUGUUGUGGAUCACCUGAACUCUUUUGAUGUCACCAGAUAUCAAGGCUCUGGUUUUGGCUUUCGGCCAAGUGAGCGUAAACAGUGUUGAGUCUUUAAAACACA